AUGGCGCAGGGCCGCGUGGCCGCCACAGCCACAUGGUUCCCCCAGAAUCCACAGCAAGGAUCCGGAUACCUCUCCGUGCCAUCUCCAUACACCACCACCCAUCCAUCGCCUCGACAUUCGCCAACCCCGGCCGCCCGCUACCCAUCCCCAUCGCCUUACCAGCAAAAGCCGGCCGUCAGCCCCCAACCGCCGCCACCUCAACCCCAAGCCAUAUCCUACGGCCAAUAUGCCGUCAACUACUACCACCAUCACAAUAUGCAGCGUGAAGCCUAUUUCCGGCGCAGUGCAGCCGCCGCCGCAGCCGGUCAAUCAUCGCACUACCCGGCCGGGUUUGACUGGAGGAUGCACUAUCCCUAUGGCCAUCCGCCGCCCGGGCUGCAGCAAGUUCCGCCCGGCUAUCCGCACGGCUACCCAGGAAUCCCGCCCGGCCACCCGGCCUAUUAUCAAGAUGCUCGUGGCCCACCUCCACCCGGAUGGCCCGGCUACCCACACGGAAUGCCCCCACAUAUGGCCCCUCGACCAAUGCCGCCUAACGUUGAACAACCACCGCAACAACAGCAACCCCAACAAGCACAGCAACAACAGCAAGAUGUACAAGCGUCGCCCAGCACCCAACCGCCGCCGACCCCAUCGCAAUCACAAACCGGGCCCGGAACCCCAGCCCACGUUUCGCAGGCAACAACCCCGGCUCCACCGGCUACCCCAGGGCAACCCGGAACCCCGGCAUCCGUUUCCGGCGCUAAUCUACAGGUAGACCAACCGGGCAGCCGUGCCCCAUCGGCAGGCCCUCCUCCCCCGGCCACCCCGGAUUCGACGAGUCGCUUGAGCGCAGGAGGUGACGAUCGACCGCCAAAGGAGCACGGAAGUCUGGAAAUUGUCAAAAAGGCAAACAUGCCUCCAAACAACGGCGCACCAUCACCGUACUACCCCGGCUACCCUCCUCCCCCACAACGUGGCGGCCCUCCAAUCCGCCCACCGUACCCCGGCUACCCUCCACAAUACGCCAUGGGACCCCAGGGACAAUACAUGCAACAACCACAGUACUGGAGAGGACCCCCUGGCCCCGGAUAUAACGGACCGCCUCAACCCGCCGGACCCCAGCAGCCACCGCCAUCGGCCGCUAGCCCUGCUCAGCGGUAUAUGCCCAGAACUCCUGGCCAAGGCGCCCCAUCCCCCAACCCGCAACAACGCCCUCCGACUGCUCCUCAACCAUAUCCGGCACCACCUUCGCAACAGUGUACCCCGAGACCUGCUGCCCCUCCAGCUCCGGCCAUCGUCCCGGCCCCAGCACGAUUCAGCGAGCAACCACCGGCACCUGUGCAGCAACAACAGCAGCCACUCCCUUUCAGCCAGCCACACACUUUCCCGCCUGGAUGUGUUGAAGCGCUGCCGAUGAGCACGAGGAAGCGCAAGCGGCCUGUGCCGAAGGAAUUGAUUGGGAGCAACCCCCGUCGCAUCCUGAUGGCCCUCCGCUCGGGCAUCGAACUCGAAUCCAUCUGGGCCCUUAAUAUGAUGUCCGUCCACCUGGCCGAAGAGAACAACUCGCUACGGCCAAACGAUUGGCUCCCGAUGCUCCCUCCCCUCAUCGACCAUUUUGCCGCCGCGUUGAGCCUGCUUUGGCCUGACAUCUUCCCGUUGGCCGAACCGACCCAGUUGGAAUGCAAAGAUGUGGAGGUUCCCUCGGAUAAAGUUCUAUCCAAGACGCUCCUCUCCGCCAAGCAUUCGACCCCAGUGACCAAGGAACUGGUUGGGAAGAAGGACAAGAAGUCGGAGAACUAUACCAAUGUCACACGCACCGGCAGACAAGUCAAGUUCGAGGACGCCGACAUGCCGGAGGAGCUGAAGCGAAGUCUCUGUGACGAGUUGCCGGCUAGGGUUGUUGAAGACUUCUACUGCGAGCUGACUUAUGGUGAUGAUCGGUACCCACUUGGCCCGUUGGCUGCCCGGCUCGCUGCCACUAUGAGAAGGAAUGUUGAGGCUGCUGCCGCUUGCAAGAAGAACCUCUUCAAACGUGUUUGCGUGUCCGCUUCGGAACCGGAAGAGCCGGAGCUGAAGAAGAGCGUGAAGGAGGAGGAGCCAGAAGAUGUCAAGAUGGAAUGUCCUCUUUUCUACCGUGACGCCACUCCACAGGAAAAACUCUCCGGCCCUAUCGAUUUCGAAGCCGAGGUCCCAAAACGAUCAGCCAUCGCAGAACCCGAGGAAGCAUUGACCAACGUGGCAAACCGUGCGCUCUGCAUCUCCAACGCCCUCCGCUCGCUCUCCUUCCACCCGGCCAUGGAGAAGCACCUGGCCCAGUGUGGACCCCUGCUGCUGCUGCUCUCGCGAUUCCUGCGGCUCGAGGCCCGACAACAGCCAUUCGUCCGCUUGCCUAGACUCUCGGCUGUCGACAAUGACGGUGAUGAGCAGACCGACCUGAAGCGGCCCCUCACCAUGUCAGACACGGAUGACGAGCUGUACGUGUUGCGUGUCGAGACGGCUUCUCAGAUUCGGGAGGACGUGCUCACCAUGUUGUGUCAUAUCUCCGGAUCGUUGCACCUGUACGACAUCCCGAACACGAUCGCGUACAACAUCAUGGAUGGACUGCUCCACUGGGCCACCUCACCACUGCCAUGCGCUACGGAUCCACGCGGCGAAGGGAAUGUUAGCCUUCGAAACUACGCCCUCGAGGUCCUCUGCAAGCUUUGCGUCACCGAGAGCAACGUCGACUUACUGUGCGCAACUGGUCCGUGGCCUCGCCUAGAACGGCUCGUCAUCAUCCUCUCACAGCUCGUCAACAUGAACGAGGAGACGCACGUCCGUGAAUUCGGCAUUGUCGUGCUGAACGCGACUGUUGGCGUCUCGGCCGAGUUAUGCUGGGUGGCCGCUCAUCAGUCGCCGGCAAUCGAGCAUCUGAUCAGCUUCAUCGAGACGGCCGACUCGAACAUGCAUCAGGUAAUGCAACAACACGGCAUGGCUGCCCUCCGCGGCGACCCGGAAAUGAUGGGCACUUCGGUGGGGAUGCUGAGAAGAGCCGCAUCUCUGCUCCGCCAAUUAUCUCGAGCUCACAACACUUCUCGUCUGUUCGCGAAACAUCAGAACCGUCUCCUGCAAUUCACCAUGUCACAAUUGAUGGAUUCCCGAGUUGCCGGUAUGAUCGCCGAUACCCUUUUUGCGGUCCAGACGUCCAUCUCGGACCCGGAUGAUAAUGCGAAACCGCUCGAUUUUGACGGUGAUGACGAGGGCGCCUAUGACGUGAAGAAAAGCAUCCCCGACGUCGACGACUAUGGUGGCAAUGAGGACUCGAUGGACGGAGAGCGACAUAUCAAUGGAGACAAGGAGAUGAGCGACAACUCCAAUCAGGGCGAAGAUACCAUGGACUCGACCACGAUCCAGCACAAUGGAAACGGGAUCCGCUCACAAAAUGGAGAGGGGAGCGGCAGCGAGAGUGGGGACAGCCCACGACAAGAACAUGCUAAUGAUGUGAAAGGCCAAACACAGCCCCUGAAGUCACAACAAGCGCAACAAGGCUCCUCGCCUCGCCCCGUCCCAAACGGCAUCCAUCCACGUGAAAAUGGCGGUGGAAUGACGGCCGUUGCC